GGCAAGAGAUUGUGGAUGCACCCAAUACUUUGCAGACGAAAGGAACAUGGAGAAUACUACAGAUUGGUUAGGGAGAUGAGAAUGGAAAGAGAAGCCUAUUUUAAACAGUACUUCCACAUGACACCAUCUACAUUUGACCGUCUUUUGAAUAUGAUAGAGAGCAAGAUUGUGAAACAAACUACAAAUAUGCGUGAACCAAUUCCGCCUGAGGAACGACUUGCAGUCACUUUGAGAUAUUUGGUGACGGGGGAUUCAUAUCAGAUCAUCGGGUUCUCUUACAGGAUUCAUAAAACGACCAUAUCGCGAAUUAUUCCAGAAACCUGCGCUGCAAUAUGGGAUUCCCUGCAGCCUGUGUUCAUGGCAGUCCCAAGUGAAAAUCAGUGGAAGAUUAUUGCAAACGAUUUUAAACAAUUAUGGCAAUUUCCAAACUGUGUUGGAAGUAUUGAUGGGAAACAUGUUGUCAUACAAGCUCCUGCAAACAGUGGUUCAUCAUUUUUCAACUAUAAAAAAACUUUCAGUCUGGUACUGCUUGCAGUUUCAGACGCAAAGUACAGAUUUAUUUACGUGGAUGUUGGAGCGUAUAGACGGCAGAGUGAUGGGAAUGUUUUUGCUUCAUCAUCUUUUGGAAAAAAACUCCUGGAUGGUUCAUUAGACCUGCCAAAAAGCACCAUAUUGGAAGGGAUGAUAGAGCCACUACCACACGUUUUUCUUGGUGACGAGGCUUUUCCCUUAAAAACCAAUUUGAUGCGUCCUUUUCCAGGUACCGGAUUAUCAAGAAGGUCCCGUAUUUUCAACUAUCGCCUCUCGAGAGCUCGCAGGGUUGUGGAGAAUGCCUUUGGCAUUAUGGUAUCUCGAUUCAGAAUUUUCCGCAGGCCUAUAUGCGUAUCACCAGCCAGAACAGACCAUAUCAUUAAAGCAUGCACAGUCCUUCACAACUUUCUUAGAUAUGAUUCUAAUUAUUUUGAGGCGGAUUUCGUAGAUCACGAGGUCAGUGAAGGUGCAGUGCAGUGGAAGGCCGAAGAAAAUUCAGCAAUGUUAAAUAUCAGGAAGAUUGGAAGGCCGAGUGCGAAGGAGGCAGGAAAAGUUAGAGAACAAUUCAGCGAAUAUUUUGUUAGUGAGAAAGGGGCACUGCCAUGGCAGGAUAAAUAUGUGUUCUCGAGUGGUCGAAAUAUGAUCUAA